AUGCCUCUGAAAGUUGUGGUGGAACUUCAGAUUCAUGCUGUUACUUGCCCCGGGGUAUUCUUGCCAGAUAAAGAUGACAUUUUCCUUAGUACAAGCCUUCUAGGUCAGUGUAAAGAAACAAGAUGCCUUCCUGCUGUGUUUCCACUACUGUUUCAUGAAAAAAUGAGGUUUGAAAAGGUUUUUCAAAAGCAAGUCGAUCCAGCUGCAGUGGUUGAAAUUCUGGAAAAAUACCCAGCUGGAUUUGAAUUGAUGCAGGUCGGCCAGUCAGAAGAAAUUCUUGCCACUUACAAGGAGAACCAUCGAGGCUUCCUAUUCCCUGAACCAAAGCUGACUCCUCCUUACCCUGGAGUGGACAGGGAGGUUCUGAUGAAAACUGUCUGUGGCUUCCCAGGAAUUGCACCCAAAAUCGAGUUUUCCACAAGAACAACCAUAAAAGAAAAGCCAAAGGAUUUCCAGAAAAAAAAUUCAUCAAACAAAAUACAGUGUCGGAGAUCUUUGCCAAAUUCUCCUACAAGAAAAUCAAGAAUGCCAACAAAAAGUUACUCCAGCCCAGAACAAAGUUACAGCAGUCCUACUGGAUCAUCAAAGUCCAGAUCUCCUUCACCUUACGCCCGUCGGCGAAUGUGUGAACUUAAUAAGGACAGUCAACAACGCCUUUCUCAUUUGAAACUGGGAAAUUAUGAAUUUAAGUCAGACGCAGAUACAAAACCGCCAUUUAUUGUAAGACAUGUUGACUCAUUCAAACCUGUGGGUGAGAAAACAGCAUCGCAACUGCAGUCUCCAAAGGCCAAGCAUCAUUCAAGUAGUGAAAAUCGAUUAAGGAGAGCAUUGACUUUUGAUAACCUGAACUGCACAACAUCUACAGAAAAGGACCAUCUGGAUUUAGAUGACCUGCACAUGCCAAGAAAAGCUAACUCAUCUGUAGAUAAAGGCACUCUGAGUGAUUCUCUCAGUUCAAGCACAUGUUCAUUGCAGGAUUUAAGGACAAGUCCAGUUCUAAAGGGAAGCCUUAGGGAAAGAUGCCGAUCUGACAAUAACACCUGGGAGGCUAUACACAACCGAGUGCGUAAUCUGUUAUCCACUCACCGUGCCAGGCAGCUGCUAUCUUUAGAUAUUUCUAACAGUGAAGCGGAUCGUAUCCUUGAAAGGUCAUCAAGGAAGAAGUCACUGAAUGGUAGUUCAGAAGGAAAGAUAUUCUAA